UGGUUUGUAACGUAAUUAGGUCAUCCUGUCGAAUAAUUUCUGCGCCUCCACGUGUACGUUCCUUGAAUAAUACGCAUCACCACGUGUACAUUGCACCGCUUCAAUUAAAUAUGCGUCAUAUAAAACUAUCUUUUUCAAUAUAUAUAAUAUUGCUCAGUUGAGUCAGACUCCACCAUCUGAGUUUUUCCAUUUUCUUGUUAAUUCAGCUUGCAAUUGCCAAACUUUAUUGUACCAAAACACUCUCUACCAAAAGACCAAACAUGGCAGAAGAAGAAUUUCAUAUAGCAAUGUUCCCUUGGUUUGCCAUGGGACAUACAAUCCCUUAUAUCCAUUUAGCUAACGAGCUCGCAGCAAGAGAUCUAAGGAUCUCUAUCCUCCUCCCAAAUAACACUUCACUUAACCUCCAACACCAAAAUCUCCACCCUAACCUUAUAUCCUUUCGUUCUCUCCCCGUUCCCGACGUAGAAGGCCUCCCUCCGGGCACCGAGACCGUCUCCGACAUACCCUUUUCCGAUCACCAUCUGGUUGCCAUUUCCAUGGAUCUUAUGCGUCAACAGGUUGAACAAAUCCUAACCGCUAUAAAACCCAACCUUGUCCUGUUCGAUUUUGCUUAUUGGAUACCUGACAUUGCUAAGCAACUUGGUUCCAAAUCUGUUAUGUAUAAUGUGGUUUCUGCAACAGCUAUAGCUUUUGUACUUGCCUCUGCAAGAAAAGUUCCGAAAGACAGGGUCAUGAAAGAGGAAGAACUCAAGGAGAUACCCUCUGGUUAUCCCUCAUCUACUGUGGUGCUUCGUGGUUAUGAAUUUGCUUCGUUGAAUGGGAUCUUAAUGCCAUUUGGAUAUGGGAACAUCUCGUUCUACGAUCGGAAGACAACCGCCAUGCGAAACUGCGAUGCACUCGCUAUAAGAACAUGCAGAGAACUCGAAGGCAAAUACUGCGAUUACAUCCGAACCCAGUACGGGAAAUCCGUGCUGUUAACCGGGACGGCUUUGCCGAAGCCGGAUAACAGUACGCGGCUGGAAGACAGGUGGGAUAAGUGGCUCAGUCGUUUCGAGCGUGAUUCGGUUGUGUUUUGCGUGUUUGGGAGUCAAUGUACCCUCGAAAAUGAUCAAUUUCGAGAAUUGAUAUUGGGGUUUGAGCUUACCGGGUUGCCAUUUUUAGCAGCUCUGAAACCGCCGGUGGGCUGCACGACGGUGGAAGAGGCGUUGCCAGAGGGGUUUGAAGAGAGAUUGGAAGGGAGAGGGGUGGUUUUUGGAGGUUGGGUUCAGCAGACUCAGAUACUGAGUCACGCUUCGGUUGGGUGUUUUGUGAACCAUUGUGGGUUUGGAUCCAUGUGGGAAGGCUUGAUGAGUGAUAAUCAGAUUGUGCUGGUGCCCAACUUGGGUGACCAGAUUAUGAACAGCAGGCUACUUGUUGAAGAGCUUAAGGUUGCAGUGGAGGUGGAGAAGGAUGAAAAGGGGUGGUUUUCAAAGGAAAACUUGAGCAGAGCUAUAAGAUGUGUAAUGGAUAAAGAUGGUGAGGUGGGUAUUAUGGUAAAGAAGAACCAUGCAAAGCUGAAGGAGGUAUUAGAAAAGCCCGGUUUAAUGGACAGGUAUAUUGAUGAGUUUGUCCAGAAUCUUCAAGAGCUUGUGAAACUAAGUUAGAUGUACGGAGCCAUGAUUAUUAAUUAGGAUGGAAACAGAGGCAAAGGCAAUAACAACAGGUGUAGAGGCAAAAUCGACAGGUGGCAUCUGCCCAAGCUUGAAGAUAACUAAAUUGCUUUGUCGUUUUAAUAUUGCGUAGUCGUUGUGUCGUUGUUAUAGAGCUUAGCUUGUUUUAAUAAGUAACGGUUACCAGCUUUUAAAUUUCAUUGGACCAAUUGUAUAAGUGCUACGGCACCGUUUUAUUGCUUGUUGUUGAGUCGUUUUGUCCGAGUCCCGUUACGGCAUAGCUGAUGUGGCAGCCAGGACUAGUGAAACUACGACCAGAGGAACCACUAAUCUCGAUUGCCACGUGGUUAUUGCCGUUGCUAAACUGCGUCGUUUUUAAUGUUUUCAGUUUAUAUAAAAGCUAAGAACUUUUUUUUUUUCCCAUAAAAUGGAAGAAUUAAAAUUUAUUAUAUUAAAUUU